CGCUGCGGCGGUUGCUGCUGCUGCUUCCUCGGGCCAUUUUGCUCCGCGCGGAGCAACGAGAGGUGGAGAGCAGGGGCUAGAAGAGGCGCAGGCCGGAGGAAGCGGCGGGCGGCGGGCUUUCCGCAUUCGCAGGGUCCAGGGGACCGCAGCGAUUGCCGGCGAAGGGGGUCGGGAGCCCCUUCCCGGUCCCUGCACCAUGAGCUGGGGCACUGAGCUCUGGGAUCAGUUUGACAACUUAGAAAAACAUACACAGUGGGGAAUCGAUAUGCUUGAGAAAUACAUCAAGUUUGUCAAGGAGAGGACUGAGAUCGAGCUUAGCUAUGCCAAGCAACUCAGGAAUCUUUCAAAGAAGUACCAACCCAGGAAGAACUCGAAAGAAGAGGAAGAAUACAGGUACACGGCAUGCAAAGCGUUUCUUUCCACCCUGAAUGAGAUGAACGACUAUGCCGGCCAACACGAGGUCAUCUCCGAGAACAUGACGUCACAGAUCACAGUGGACCUGAUGCGCUACGUGCAGGAACUGAAGCAGGAGAGGAAAUCGAACUUCCAUGAUGGGCGGAAAGCUCAGCAGCACAUAGAGACGUGUUGGAAGCAGCUGGAGUCGAGUAAGAGGCGCUUUGAGCGCGACUGCAAGGAGGCCGACCGUGCGCAGCAGUACUUUGAGAAGAUGGACGCUGACAUCAAUGUGACCAAGGCCGAUGUGGAAAAGGCGCGGCAACAAGCUCAGCUACGUCACCAAAUGGCAGAGGACAGCAAAGCAGAGUACUCCUCAACGCUGCAGAGAUUCAACCAGGAGCAGUGGGAAUACUACCACACGCACGUCCCCAACAUCUUCCAGAAAAUACAAGAGAUGGAGGAGAGGCGGAUCGUGCGCAUCGGAGAGUCCAUGAAGACGUACGCGGAGGCGGACCGGCAGGUGAUACCCAUCAUCGGGAAAUGCCUGGACGGCAUAGUGAAGGCGGCCGAGUCCAUCGACCAGAAAAACGACUCCCAGCUGGUCAUAGAAGCCUACAAGUCGGGAUUUGAGCCUCCUGGAGAUAUUGAAUUUGAAGAUUACACCCAGCCGAUGAAACGCACGGUGUCAGACAACAGCCUUUCCAGCGCCAAAGAAGGCAAGCCAGAGCUCAAGUUUGGCGGCAAGUCCAGAGGCAAGCUAUGGCCAUUCAUCAAGAAAAACAAGCUUAUGUCCCUUUUAACAUCGCCCCAUCAGCCUCCUCCUCCUCCCCCUGCCUCUGCCUCACCCUCUGCUGUUCCCAACGGCCCCCAGUCUCCCAAGCAGCAAAAGGAACCCCUCUCCCACCGCUUCAACGAGUUCAUGACCUCCAAACCCAAAAUCCACUGCUUCCGGAGCCUAAAGCGCGGGCUCUCUCUCAAGCUGGGUGCCACGCCAGAAGACUUUAGCAACCUGCCGCCUGAGCAGAGGAGGAAAAAGCUGCAACAGAAAGUUGACGAUCUCAAUAAAGAGAUCCAGAAGGAGACAGAUCAGAGGGAUGCCAUCACCAAAAUGAAAGAUGUCUACCUGAAGAACCCUCAGAUGGGAGACCCGGCCAGUUUGGACCACAAACUCGCUGAAGUCACCCAGAACAUAGAAAAACUGCGGCUGGAGACACAGAAGUUUGAGGCCUGGCUGGCUGAGGUGGAAGGCAGACUCCCAGCUCGGAGUGAGCAGUCACGACGGCAGAGUGGAAUGUACGAUGGCCAGACACAGCAGCCGGUCACUAAUUGUGCCCAGGACCGGGAGAGCAGCCCAGAUGGGAGUUACACAGAGGAGCAAAGCCAGGAGAGCGAGCUCAAGGUGCUGGCUACGGAUUUUGACGAUGAAUUUGAUGACGAGGAGCCGCUUCCUGCCAUAGGGACCUGCAAGGCCCUCUACACGUUUGAAGGUCAGAACGAAGGCACCAUUUCCGUAGUGGAAGGAGAAAUGCUGAGCGUGAUUGAGGAGGACAAGGGCGACGGGUGGACCCGCAUCCGCAGGAACGAAGACGAGGAGGGCUACGUCCCGACUUCCUACGUCGAAGUCUAUUUGGACAAAAACGCCAAAGGUUCUUAAAGGCGGUGCACAUGGCCAGAGUUCCCUCGUGAUCCUCCCUGGGAGCCACCAUCAUCCAGCCCGCUUGUCCCCCACAGGCUUCCGGCACCACCCAGGCUGGCUGGGCAUCCUCCAGCCCUUCUGCAAGCUGGGUCCCCACGUCCCUCCCACCUCCCUUUCUCCUUCACAGCAUGCUCCUGUGGCUCUGCCGUUCCCUCUGCCUACUGUACUGGCAGGGGGCAUUUCUCUUCCUCAGCCCCACACAGGGCUUGUCCACUUUACUCCAAUCCCCACCCACACAGGCCACAAAGAUGGCUGGACUUGUGCCUGUGUGUCCCUGCUCCUUCCGGGCUCCCAGUCCACUCGCAGAUCACCUGGCCAGUCCUUGCACAUUUCACACUGUGCCUUUGUCAACCGUCGCCGCCGGUUUCCUGGUAACUAACAAGAAUCCAGACAAGGAAGGGCCAGUUGUGCAUCGGGUGGACUGAGCGCCCACCUGUCAUCCGUGUUUCUCUUGGGACUCAUCAAAUGUGUCCUCUCCAGAGGCUGCUGCCUCAGCCCCUCCUUGGUCACCUGUUCUCCAACAUCUCAGCCCCGACACCUUCUAUAGUCCACCCCUAUGGUGGGACGGG